GCCCCGGAAGUGCUCUUCCAGCCCAGCUUGCCGGCCUGACUUUGAGCGCUUCCCUCUGCUGCGUGGGCGUUGAGCGGCGCAGAAUCGCAGAGUUGGCGGUUUCAGGCUUGCAAUGAGGCUGCUGCGGGUCGCCGCGGGCCUGGGGCGCGGGCCGCUCCCCGUUCCCGUCAUCCUGGGCUGGCGGGGGAAGCAGGCUAAGUGGAAGGCCUGCCGAUGGUAUUCAUCUGGGAUAAUUCCUAAUGAAAAAAUACGAAAUAUUGGAAUCUCAGCUCACAUUGAUUCUGGGAAAACUACGUUAACAGAACGAGUGCUUUAUUACACUGGCCGGAUUGCAACGAUGCAUGAGGUGAAAGGUAAAGAUGGAGUUGGUGCUGUCAUGGAUUCCAUGGAACUCGAAAGACAAAGAGGAAUCACUAUUCAGUCAGCAGCCACCUAUACCAUGUGGAAAGACAUCAAUAUAAACAUUAUAGAUACUCCAGGCCAUGUGGACUUCACCAUAGAAGUGGAAAGAGCCCUUCGUGUGUUGGAUGGUGCAGUCCUUGUUCUCUGUGCUGUGGGUGGGGUACAGUGCCAGACCAUGACUGUCAAUCGGCAGAUGAAGCGCUACAACGUUCCAUUUUUAACCUUCAUUAACAAACUUGACCGUAUGGGCUCCAACCCAGCCAGGGCCCUGCAGCAGAUGAGGUCUAAAUUAAAUCACAGUGCAGCAUUUGUGCAAAUACCCAUUGGUUUGGAGGGUAAUUUUAAAGGUAUUGUAGAUCUUAUUGAAGAACGAGCUAUCUACUUUGAUGGAGACUUUGGUCAGCUUGUUCGAUAUGCUGAGAUUCCAGCUGAACUGAGGGCAGCAGCAGCUGACCACCGGCAGGAGCUGAUUGAAUGUGUUGCCAAUUCAGAUGAGCAGCUCGGUGAGCUGUUCCUGGAAGAAAAAAUCCCCUCAGUUUCUGAUUUAAAGCUUGCAAUCCGAAGAGCUACCCUGAGCAGAUCGUUUACUCCUGUCCUUUUGGGAAGUGCUUUGAAAAACAAAGGAGUUCAGCCUCUUUUAGAUGCUAUUUUAGAAUACCUCCCCAAUCCAUCUGAGGUCCAGAAUUAUGCUGUACUCAAUCAGGAUGACUCAAAAGAGAACACCAAAAUCUUAAUGAACUCCAGAAGAGACAAUUCUCACCCAUUUGUAGGCCUGGCUUUUAAACUGGAGGCAGGUCGCUUUGGACAGUUAACUUAUGUGCGCAAUUAUCAGGGAGAGCUAAAGAAGGGUGACACCAUAUACAACACGAGGACAGGAAAGAAAGUGCGAGUGCAGCGACUAGCUCGCAUGCAUGCUGACAUGAUGGAGGAUGUUGAGGAAGUGUAUGCUGGAGAUAUCUGUGCAUUGUUUGGGAUUGACUGUGCUAGUGGAGACACAUUCACAAACAGAGAUAGCAGUGGCCUUUCUAUGGAAUCAAUUCAUGUUCCUGAACCUGUUAUUUCAGUAGCAAUGAAGCCUUCUAACAAGAAUGAUCUAGAAAAAUUUUCAAAAGGUAUUGGCAGGUUUACAAGAGAAGACCCCACUUUUAAAGUCCGCUUUGACACUGAGAGCAAGGAGACAAUUGUAUCUGGAAUGGGAGAAUUACACCUGGAGAUCUAUGCCCAGAGAAUGGAAAGAGAAUAUGGCUGUCCUUGUAUCACAGGAAAGCCAAAAGUUGCCUUUAGAGAGACCAUUGCUGCCCCUGUCCAGUUUGACUUUACACAUAAAAAGCAGUCAGGUGGUGCAGGCCAGUAUGGAAAAGUCAUAGGCGUCCUGGAGCCCCUAGACCCGGAGAACUACACUAAGUUGGAGUUUUCUGAUGAAACAUUUGGGUCCAAUGUUCCAAAGCAGUUUGUGCCUGCUGUAGAAAAGGGGUUUUUAGAUGCCUGCGAAAAGGGCCCUCUUUCUGGUCACAAGCUCUCUGGGCUACGGUUUGUUCUGCAAGAUGGAGCACACCACAUGGUUGAUUCCAAUGAAAUCUCUUUCAUCCGAGCUGGAGAAGGUGCUCUUAAACAAGCCUUGGCAAAUGCCACAUUAUGUAUUAUUGAACCUGUUAUGUCUGUGGAAAUUAUAGCCCCAAAUGAAUUUCAGGGAGUAGUAAUCGCAGGAAUUAACAAACGCCAUGGAGUAAUCACGGGGCAAGAUGGAAUUGAGGACUAUUUUACACUGUAUGCAGACGUCCCUCUAAAUAAUAUGUUCGGAUAUUCAACUGAACUUAGGUCUUGCACAGAGGGAAAAGGAGAAUACACGAUGGAGUAUUGCAGAUAUCAGUCCUGUUCACCAUCCACACAAGAAGACCUUAUUAAUAAGUAUUUGGAAGCUACAGGUCAACUUCCUGUAAAAAAAGGAAAAGCCAAGAACUGACCUUCCUUUCUUUGAAUUUAGUAACUGGUCAGAUCUGCAAGGUUUGGGUGUGAUGGAUUUCAGUAUAUGAAUUCGGAUCAUUUAAACCAGUGCCGGAAGUCGUUCUGCUUCCCAUUCAGGAGCUUCAGUGGACAUGCGAAGAUUAAUUUGUAUAUUUAAACUGCAUUGACUAUUUUUAUUGUUUCAUGAAGGACCUCAAAUAAAAUAAUAUUCCUGAAAUAUAUUUAAUAUUUAUUUAAGGGAAGAAAAGACUAAUUUUAGUUUAGAAUGUGUAUAAAUUUACUUUCCAAAUUUUUUGAGACAGGUCUCUCUGUGUAGCCCAGGUUGGCCUCAAAACUGAAUAGUCCUUUUGUCAAGUGCUGGGAUUGCAGGUGUGCAACACUGUGCCUGGACCCCCAAUUUGUG